AUGUCAUCCAAUCUAUUUAAAGCAACGGUAAAUGAAUACUUAGAAGAUCUACCCAAAACAGUGCAGUCAAAAUUAUAUGAAGCGCCCGCAACAUGUUUGUCAAUUUAUCGAUUAUUAUCACCAAUGGCUAAAUUCUACAUAAUGUCAAUGAUAUUUAAUGAAAAACCAAUACCCAUGAGAGAUCUCACAAAGUGGUGUAAGCCACUGGCUAGAAAACUAGAAUUUGAAGCAUUGAAAAGACUAGAGUCACUACAUUUAAUAGAAUAUGACAGUAGAGGAACGCAUAUUAGAUUAAAUUCCAUAUUCAGAUCAAAUUUUCGAGAUUGCUUAACUGGUUCACAAGAUCCAAAUGCAUUUGGAAGUAUUAACAUCACGGAAGAUAAACAUAAAGUGGACAUACAAUUUUUAGAUAAAUUUGCAUCAACCAAAUGGGAAACCAUUUUGCAUUUUAUGGUGGGAACCGAAGGUACUCCAGCACCAUCUAAAUCAGUAUUGAGUUUGUUGAAAUUAGGAGGAUUAAUGGAAGGUGGAGAUAAUAAUUUAAAUAUUACAAAUACUGGGUUUCAAUUUCUUUUACAAGAUGUGAAUGCACAAAUAUGGACUUUAUUAUUACAAUACCUAAAUUUAACUCAAGAAUUAAAUAUGAAUCCAGUUGAUGUAUUAAAUUUCAUAUUCAUUUUAGGGUCUCUAGAGUUAGGUAAAAGUUAUGCAGUAUCAAGUUUAAGUGAAACUCAAAUAAGUAUGCUUGCAGACCUAAAAGAUUAUGGGUUAGUUUAUCAAAGGUCAGAUUCUUCAAGUAGAUUUUAUCCAACAAGAUUAGCAACAACAUUAACAUCAGAUUCUUCAGCUUUGAGAACACCUUCCAUGGCGGUUGAACAAGCAAUGGAAGAAACUUCAGAAGGUCAAGUUGCUACUUCAAAUAUUCAAGAAUCAAUAAUUAUAGAAACAAAUUUUAAAAUUUAUGCAUAUACAAAUUCUCCAUUAGAAAUUGCUAUACUAAACUUAUUUGUUCAAAUGAAGGCAAGAUUUGCAAAUAUGAUAUGUGGUCAAAUUACAAGAGAAUCAAUAAGGAACGCGUUGUAUAAUGGAAUAACAGCUGAUCAAGUUAUAAAAUUUUUAGAAACUCAUGCACAUCCACAAAUGAGAGCACUUGCAAAAGAAAAAUUAGACAAAAAGGUAGAAUUCGAUGCAAGUCAUAAUAUUAACACGGCAGGUGGAGCACCACAAAGUAAAGCAGAUGGUUCAAUAUCUCAACAUAAGCUAGAAGUUUUACCACCAAAUGUAGUUGAUCAAAUCAAGCUUUGGCAAUUAGAGUUAGAUAGAAUCCAAACUUUUGAAGGUUAUUUAUUUAAAGAUUUUGCAAAUUUACAAGAAUAUGAAAUAUUAUCAAAUUAUGCAACUGAAUUAGGUGUAUUAAUAUGGAGUGAUAAAACCAAGAAAAAAUUCUUCGUUACAAAAGAUGGUAUGGCACAAGUUGCUGAUUUUGCAAAUAGAAAAUUAAGGAAUUUGAAUUAA